AUGGAGGAAUGGGAACUGGCAUUUUUACCCGACGAAAGAAUGCAAAAGUUAAUCAACAAUUGUGUAGCAUUGAAGAUGGAACCUGAGUUGGUGAACAAAGCAUUUGUGUACACGACAGAAGAGCGUGAGUACUCCCAGAUCUGGACCAAGGAAGAUGUCCAUGACAACGAGCCUAUUUAUUACUAUUACAGAAUCCAAAUCCUUAAAUUGCGCAAGGAUUGCCGCGAGGAAGAAAGUAGUUUUUAUUUCGUACAGAAUUGGGGAGCUUUUGAUACCAUAAAUCAUCGGAAGCGCUCUGAAUCCUUACCACUCAAGCAAUGUCAACAAAAAUUUAUGAUACAGUCCGUUGAGCGAAGCAGAAAUUACGUUUUUGCUAGAAUAAAAGAAAAUAACAUAAGCAAAAAACCUCUGCCAGUGUCUACUCAAAACUUGAUAAUCAACUACAUUUUUGAGAUAAAUUUUUUGAAAAAAAUGAUAGAUGAGUACACAUUUGAUAUCAAGAACACAAUAUCCGAGUUUUUGAAAAUUAAUCAGAAUAUUAGAAGCGCACAGAACUCGCUGUCAGGGUAUUUAGAAAAAUCAACAUCCAUAGCUGACCUCACUCAAAAACUUGAGAUAGUUCGUGUUUUGUUGCAGAAACAAAUAGCUGGAAACAGCCAGAUUUUCUGUCUGAUGAAUUUCUAUUACAAUCAAUUGCACACGACGAUUGAGCCUCUUGACAGAAACAUCGAGCGUUACAAAACAAUAGAGAAGUAUUUUUACAACACCCAAUCUUCGGUUCAUACUUUUAGAAUCAAGAUGGUGGACUUGUUUGUGAUAGACAGACCUUGUGACAGUCAAAGAUACACUCAAAAUUUGGAAAACAAGCAGCUGCUUUGGCAUGGAACCAGUCCAACCAAUGUUCCAUAUAUUUUGUAUGAAGGAUUUAAAACAACAAAAGCCAAUUCCACUGGCAUGUUUGGCUCCGGGAUUUACUUUGCCAAUUCAGUGACCAAGUCUGUUCUGUAUUGCAAAACUCGGAUCCAUGGCGUUCUUUUGCUUUGUGAAGUCGCGCUGGGUAAUACCGAGGUGUUGUAUAAUUCUAAAAAUUUUAAAACCGACCUGGAUCUCCCUCCUGGUAAAAAUUCUGUCCACGGAAUAGGAAUAAACAGACCGAAUCCAUCGGAAACGGUGAUGAUCGAUGAAAAUGUCUUGGUACCUUUCGGUCAGCUAUGUAAAAAUCAAGGGUCUACAACUGUAUUGCAACACGAUGAGUUCAUUGUUUAUAAUCCUUCUCAGAUUAAAAUGCGCGACUUUACAGGAAUUUACUUUACAAACACGGUGUCAAAAGCUGCUAAUUACUGCAGCAAAAGAUCUAAUACACGAUGUGAGCAAGGAGUUUUGUUCCUGUGUAAAGUCGCUUUGGGCAACAUGGAGAUUACUUUGAAUGCACUACCCAAGUUUGUGGAUCUACCGGAGGGCGUCCAUUCCGUCUUUGGAAAAGUGAACAUUGAAAAUAUCUAUCAAUUAUCUGACAACAUAGAUCAACAGCACUUGAGACUUUUAAUCGCCAACUGCGUAGUUUUGCAGGAACAAAAAUUUAUAUACACAGAUCACAGAAGAAAUUUUUCCGUAAUAUUUAUAAAGUCCAGCAUUAAUUGCAAAAAUCUAUUUCAUCAUUAUUACAGAGUGCAAAUACUAGAGCCCGGUUUCAGAGGAAGAGAAGUUAAAAAAUAUGAGGUGGAAGAAAGUUGGGGAACUUUUGAAUCUUCAGAUCACAGAAGACAUUCGGAAAAGUAUGAUCGUGACACUGCUGUUAGUAUAUUUCAGCUUUACACCUCAGAAUUUUACGUAAAUGAUAAAUUUUCCAUGAUUAUCAGUGUGGUUGAAAAAAAAAGUUUUCUUGAUUUCGCGUUGAAAAAUUUGUUAAAAGAUAUAAUUAAUUAUAACUUUAUAAUAAAAGUAAUUGAAGAGCAUGAGUUGGUUAUGAAGGAUAUCAAAGAAGCUUUCUUGAGGAUUCGUGCUAGAAUUCACAAGGGCAGUCAAUCAGUGGCGCUGGCUGAUGAGAAGCUAGCCAAGAUAAUGAUUGAUGAAGACCCUGCAUUAAUGACCAAGAUAAUUAAAACAAUAUUAGAUGGAAUAGAUGAGUUCUAUUCGAUUACAAACUCUGAGAUUAAAAAUGAAGCUGCCAAUUUCUGGAAUGCUUUUUAUAAAAAAUUGGGAGCCAAAAUAGAAGUUCUUGACCUAAGUACUGAUUUCAUAAAAAUAGUUCAAAAGUAUGUUAAAAACACUCACUCUCCACGCCACGGGAAUUAUGUUCUGCAUGUGUUAAAUGUUUAUAACAUCCACAGAUCCGACGACAUAGGACUGUUCAUGGAUCAAAUUGGCAACAAAAAAUUACUUUGGCAUGGAACGAAGACAGAAAACAUCGCAUCUAUACUAUCUGAAGGUUUCAAAGUUCCGCAUGAACCUACUCAUGGUAGAAUGUUUGGCCACGGAAUUUACUUCAGUAAUUCAGUGUCAAAAGCAGCCAAUUAUUGUGGCUGCAACAAGAAAAAUUCUGAAGGUUAUUUACUGCUGUGUGAAGUCGCUCUAGGUAACACGAUGGAAUUGUAUGAAGCUGAGACGGAUACGUGGAUGCUACCCUUGGGAAUACAUUCGAUUGUUGGCAAAGGACUCUUUUCGCCCUACUCAAACGAUACGGCCAUUGUUUAUCAAGAUGUUGAAGUUCCUUAUGGGGAAAUAGUUAAGAAUGUAUUUUCUCCUAACACUACUCUGCUUCACGAUGAAUUUAUCGUUUUUACUACCUCACAAAUUCGCAUUCGACAUCUUGUAGCUGUGAAAUUUUAUUUUAAAAAAUUGAAGAAAACUGAUUGA